AUGGCUGACAGAUUCCCCUCGCUGGAGGAGUUCGACUCCGGCGCCCAGACCGAGAUCAAGGAGGGCUCUGGAAGCCCCUCGGCCACCAACUUCCUCGAGCGUGAGAAGGCGCUUCUCGGCGACGAUGCCAACCAAUUUGCGACAGUUGAGGAUGCUGGUUUCGACGAUGACAACGACCUCCUAGGGGGUGGCCUUGACUCCUCCGCUGGCGCCGGCGCCGGCCUUGAGACUAGCGCUGCUUUCGAGAGCCAGUUCCCCGACCUUUCCGCAGGCAACGAGUCUGUUGCGCCAGGCGGUACCAUCACUGGCGCCGGUCCUUCCGUCACCUACAACUCUGGAUAUGCGCCAUACGCCCAGGAGGAGCAAGAGCCCGAGGUGAUUAGAGAGUGGCGCGAGAAGCGUGAUGCGAAGCUUGCCAAGCGGGCGGAGCAGUUCGCCGCCCAGAGAGCCGAGACCAUCGCGGAGGCGCAGAAGAACAUUGACGAAUUCUACGAGAACUACAACAACAAGAAGGAGAAGGCCAUUGGGCAGACCCGCAAGGAGGCCGAGGAGUUCCUUGCCAGCCGCGAGGACACCACAUCGGGAGGCACGAGCUGGGAGCGCAUUGCCAAGCUGGUUGACGUUAGCGGCAAGGGAGCUAAGGGCGGUGCUGCUGGUUCCGGCAAGGAGCGUUUCCGUGAGCUCCUGAUAAGCCUAAAGAAGGACGAAAAGGCCCCCGGUGCCUCGGGAAUUUAA